GGAAAAAAAAACAUACAACUAGUAAUUUUUAGAAAAUAAAACGAAGUAUGCCCUUUGAAGUGAAAUGGUUAAAUUGAAAGAACCUUGAUUUAUUUUCGUACUCCAAAGUAAUUGGCUAGUGCAAGCUUAGUUUUUGUAAAAACAAAAAAAUCAGUGAAACUCGUGCUUUGAUAUCUGGGAGGCUGUGGCGUGUCUGGGGACAACUUGAAAACCAGGAAUCUGGAGCAGAUUUGUUUAAUUGAUGAAUGUAAAGUGUCUUUUGCUAUUAUCUUUUUCAGCCAGCAGGGGGUGAUGUUAUCAAAUAUCAAAUAACUUUGGUGGGGGGAAUAUCAGCAGAAUAUAUAUAUUUUUUUUGUAUGAAAUAAUCACUUUGAAAUUUUGUAAUAGAUGUAUGUCAUGUCAAUAUUUCCUUCAGUAUGAUUCAUAUUCAGGCAGGAGUUCUGUUAGGGGUAUAGGAGAACUUAUUGUGAUUGGGCUGUUUUACAUACAGAGCCAGGAAUGAUUGUGAUUGAGCAGUCUUACAGACAGAGCCAGGAAUGAUUGUGAUUGGGCAGUCUUACAGACAGAGCCAGGAAUGAUUGUGAUUGGGUGGUCUUCCAUUAACAAGCAGAAAUUCUAUUGGAGAAGCAUAAAUGAGCUUAUUGUGACUGCAUAUUGAGCACAGGUGUGUGGGAUACAGUUCCAUGUGCGCAUUACCGCAGCACUAUAAAAGCAGUAAGUAAAUAGUUCUAGGGGCAGGUAAUUCCACAGGUACAGCUGAACAUCAUAGCCUCUCGCACAGGUCAGAAAAAGAGGAGAACUCUGUACGGCAGCCAGACACAAAGAUGGCCCCUAAUGUCCCCAGUGUCGUCCUGGGCCACUCGGACGUGGUGCUGAUUGAGAAGGAGCUGGAAGCUGAUCUCAAAGACCAAGGAGAUCCGUGGAAUGUUCCUGAACUUCAGGACAAUGGAAUUCGGUGGUCAGACCUAGACAGAAAAGGAAAGGCUACCAGGCUGAUGGUCUCUGGCGGGAAAUUCGUGCUGCUACUUGGCUUCCUCUACAUGUUUGUCUGCUCCUUGGAUAUUCUCAGCUCUGCUUUCCAGCUCGUUGGAGGUAAGGCUGCGGGGGACAUAUUCCAGGAGAACUCCGUGCUCUCCAAUCCCCUGGCAGGCUUGGUUAUUGGGGUUCUUGUGACGCUCUUGGUACAGAGCUCCAGUACGUCCUCCUCCAUCGUCGUCAGCAUGGUGUCCUCUGGCUUGUUACAGGUCCAGAGUGCCGUCCCUAUCAUCAUGGGGACCAACAUUGGCACUUCUGUCACCAACACUAUCGUAGCCUUGACACAGGCAGGAGACCGCGAUGUGUUUCGCCGGGCCUUUGCUGGAGCCACUGUGCACGAUUUCUUCAACUGGCUGUCAGUGCUGGUACUGCUGCCUCUGGAGGUGGCUUCCGGGUACCUCUACAGGCUCACCGGCCUCCUGGUGAACUCGCUGCACAUUCAGAGUGGCGAGCAAGCCCCCCAGCUGCUCAGCGUUAUCACCGACCCGCUCACCAACGCCGUCAUCCAGUUGGAUGAAGAUGUUUUAAACGACAUUGCUACUGGGGAUUCUUCAGCCAGGAACAGGAGUCUUAUCAAGAUAUGGUGCGAAACAGAGACCAACACGACCUUGCAAAAUGUGACUGUGCUCAGCAUAGAGAACUGCACCUCACCUGAGUUCUGCUGGGUCACCGGAAACUUAACUUGGACCCUGAAGAACGUUUCGGAGACGGUCAACCUCAAGAAGUGUGCUCAUAUGUUUGCCAAUGCCAACCUGCCAGACCUGGCAGUGGGCCUCAUUCUUCUGGCGUUAUCUCUGCUGCUUCUCUGUACCUGCCUCAUUCUCAUUGUCAAGAUUCUCAACUCGGUGCUGAAAGGCCAAGUGGCUUUGGCUAUCAGAAAGGUUAUUAACACAGAUUUCCCCUUCCCCUUCAGUUGGGUGACGGGCUACCUAGCCAUCGUUGUCGGGGCAGGAAUGACCUUUGUCGUCCAGAGCAGCUCUGUGUUUACUUCUGCGAUCACACCUCUGGUUGGUAUUGGUGUGAUCAGCAUAGAAAGGGCUUACCCUCUGUCUCUGGGCGCCAACAUCGGAACCACCACCACUGCCAUCCUGGCAGCCCUGGCUGGCCCCGCAGGCACGCUCAGCAGCUCCCUUCAGAUCGCCCUGGUACACCUUUUCUUCAAUGUCAGCGGCAUCAUGCUCUGGUACACCCUGCCUUGUAUGCGCUUUCCAGUCCAGCUGGCCAAGGCCUUGGGAAACUGUACUGCCAAGUACCGCUGGUUUGCGGUUCUCUACAUCUUUUUCUGCUUCGUCUUCUUUCCACUGGUAGUGUUCGGCUUGUCGUUAGCCGGCUGGUGGGCACUGAUCAGUGUUGGGGUGCCUUUUAUUGUGCUAUUGCUUUUUAUUACCCUCGUCAAUGUCAUGCAGUCUCGGCGCCCCCGGUGGUUGCCCCGCGUACUGCGCACAUGGGACUUCCUGCCCUACUGGAUGCACUCACUUCAGCCACUGGACCGUCUGGUUACUGUGGUACUGGCCCACUGCAACUGCAUCUGCUGCAGAAGGCCCCCAGAAGAGGACAAAGCUGGGACGGCAGGCAGCCCAGUGCAGCCCCCGGAGGUUAACCCAGGAACUAUCCAACAUGGAGCUGCCAAAUGCACUCAUUUAUAACAGUUAUAAUGCAGUUAUAAUACAAUUACUGCAGUAGCUGUUUCCACAGCUGUUGAAAGGCUGAAACCUGUGACUCCUCUGAGGAGUAGCUGUACUGCUUCCAAAUAGAUAGGGAAGUUAUCAAAUGUGGUUUUAUGAUACUUUGGUUCAGCAUAACUUAUGUUUGCAAAAUUGACUUUUGACUCUCAUGCUGGGCCCUUAUCCAAAACAGGGUUGCACUGAGUUUUGGAGCCUAUCUUAAGGAACGUGGGUCACAAGUAGGGAAGACUGGACGCAACGCCAUGGUGCAAACACUGCAAGCUGGCCGUUUACCUACUUAGCUGUGACAUUCAUUUGUCUGACUUGUAGCUAUCCUGGAUACAUUGAAAAUAACUGGAAUCUAAUGCCUUAUUUAAAACAGACCAAGUUAUCAAUCAGUUUUAUUUUGCAUGGGGCCUGUUUCACAAAAUUACAUUGUCUCAAAGCACUUUACAUUAUCCCUGCCCAAAGACCCCAGUGAGCAAGCCAGAGGUGACAGUGGCAAGGAAAAACUCCCUAGAAGGAAGGAACCAGAUUCAAAGGGGGAGCCCAUCCUGCAGGGGCCGGCAGAGGAAGCCAAAUGAACAGGAUGGCAAAGUCCCAAUUCACACUGUCCACAUCUUAAGAUUUUACAAAAUCAUACAAUUGUGACUAAUGUCUUGCUUAAUCAGUGGCUCAGUGAUUUAUGGGAGAAACAUCUAACACCAUCUGAGGUAAAACCUGAAAUCAAGACCCCAUACCAAAACUUUUGUUGUUACUAUAUAAAAUAGCGUAAAAGACAAAUUAAUAAUUUCUGUGAAAUAUAAUCAAAAUAAAAUACCUCAAUGCUUUGGUUGCAUAAGUGUACACUCCCCUUAAUACUUUGUGCAAGUAUGUUUCACUUUGAUGACAGUAUGUUUGUUUGGUUAGCCGACUGGGGUAGUAACCUGGGGUUCCUGCUCUUCUAUGCUCUCGUUCCGGCGCAUGAUACCAUGACUAUAAAAGCCUUAUGUGAAACACCAAGCUGGUAGCUGUAUGAGAAACUGAAGGCACACAGACCCUCCCCUCUUAGGUUAAUCUUUCAUCUCAAUGCUGUUAAUCACCUUGUUGUACCAUUGAAUCCCUGACAAAUCUAUCAAGUCGAGGCAUUUACUAUCUCAGUGGUCUGUUGGGUCCAGUGUAGUAUCUGGGGGUAAUAAAGCAAGAAUGAGCUGCAA